GGGGGCGGGGCGGGGCGGAGGCGGACUCGAGCUGCACAGCUUCCGCAGCGUGCAGCUCCAGUUCUGCUCCCAGGCUUCGGUGCACCAGCCCUGGACGCCAGCUUCCUCUGUGGGAAGCCUGGAGGCUGCCAUGGCGCUGCGUGCGGUCGUGUUCAACCUGGACGGGGUCCUGGCGCUGCCAUCGCUCUCCACCACCCUUGGCCACAUGGCGGAGAAGUUGGCGCUGCCCAGAGGUUUUCUGAAUGAAGCUUUCAACAAAGGAGGCCUGGGUGAUUCCAGUAGCCGCCUCAUGAGGGGAGAGAUCACAUAUUGCCAGUGGGUGCCACUCAUGGAAGAAGACUACAGGAGAUGCGCUGAGGACUCUGGGAUCAGCCUUCCUGAGAAUUUCUCUGUGAAUCAAAUCUUUGGCGAUGUAAUUUCAGCAAGAAAGAUCAACCGCCCCAUGCUUCAGGCAGCUAUCACUCUCAAAAAGAAGGGAUUUACAACGUGCAUCCUCACCAACAACUAUCUGGACGACAGUACCCAGAGAGGCCACAUGGCCCAGCUGAUGUGUGAACUGAGGCCGCACUUUGACUUCCUGAUAGAGUCAUGUCAGAUUGGAAUGGUCAAGCCUGAUCCUCAGAUCUACAGGUUCACGCUGGACACCUUGAAGGCCAGCCCCAAGGAGGUUGUUUUCUUGGAUGACAUUGAGGCUAAUCUGAAGCCGGCCCGUGACUUGGGAAUGGUCACCAUCCUCGUCCGCAACACCACCACGGCCCUGCAAGAGCUGGAGACUGUCACUGGAAUGAAGCUUCUUGAAACUGCAGCUCCUCUCCCAGCCCCAUAUAAGCCAAGUGAAAUGAGCAAUGGGUAUGUGCCGAUUAAGCCUGGAGUGCAUCUGCAUUUUGUGGAGCUGGGCUCUGGUCCCGCUGUGUGCCUCUGCCAUGGAUUUCCUGAGAGCUGGUUCUCUUGGAGGUACCAGAUUCCUGUUCUUGCCCAGGCAGGCUUCCGGGUACUAGCUCUGGACAUGAAAGGCUUUGGAGAGUCAUCUGCUCCUCCUGAAAUAGAAGAAUAUUCCAUGGAAGUGAUGUGCAAGGAGAUGGUAACCUUUCUGGAUAAGUUGGGCAUCUCUCAAGCAGUGUUCAUUGGCCACGACUGGGGCGGCAUGCUGGUGUGGAACAUGGCUGUCUUUUACCCUGAGAGAGUGAGGUAAGUAAGCUGUGGGCAUCAAGAGUUUGUGGGGGCCGGCCG